AUGUCCAGCAGCGGUGGAGAAAAGGGCGGGGAGUUGGAUAAACCAGGCAGGUGUCUCCUCAUCCCUUCUGCUACCGGCCCUAACUGCAAUGAUGUCAUGAUUUCCCUGGGCGAGUGCUUUGCCAUCAAUCAAGUUAUAGAUAAUGAAGAGAAGAGGGGGGCAAUCAAGCAAUCCUUUCCUCAUGGCCAUGGCUAUGCCCAUCCUGCUAAUGAACAAGUGAGAAGCAGAAAUGAGGAUAUAGUUUAUGGCAAAAAAUAUGUGAGUACACCAGUUAUGGAGGUCACCAGUGGGAAAAGUUAUUCAAUGGGCACAACCUCCAAGGUCACCGAUGGCAAGCAAGAUGCAAGGAGGGGCACCCUAGAAUGGAAAGAGGUCUAUCGUAUUGCUGAUCGUAAUGAGAUAAAGUUGGCUAAAAUUCCCAUGGACCGUGGCUCAGUAGAGUUGUAUGGAUACAUAGCUGUGCGGGAUUGUCUGGAUCCAUUACUUAACUAUAUUGUCAAUAUUAGCAGGUAUGACCCUGUCAUCAUGGAACAGGGUUCCCUCAUUGAAAUGUCUGGCCCUAAGCGAGGUAUCGAUAUGUAUGGCGAUGCUCUACUUGAAUACGACAUGAGGAUCAAGACAGGGGAUCGAGAAGAAGAUGACUUACAGCUGAUUGAUGGUGUAUCAGUCCUCCCUGAUAUAAUCUUGAGACCAUGUAACCCAUACACAAAUCGCCUUCGUGGUGAUCACGGUGCGGUUGACAUAACCCGGGCACUUCUUUAUAAAGCAGUGGAGGCAACAGUAGAAGUCGCCAUAUCAGAAGUGAGGAGCAAUUUCGAUCUAUCUCUUAGCUCUUUUACCAGUGGGAUAGAUAAAGAAAUCCAGCUCUUUGGUGGCGCCAUUGGUGAGCCGCGCCGCUUGAGGCGCUUCGUGGAUUACACAAAUCUGGCCCUGAAGCCUGACUCAGAGCCCACUCACUGCAGCGCUGCUCGCCUUGCUAUUGGGCCUGAGACCCAACCAACCUCACGCGAGGCCCAGAUCAAGCUCUAUUUGUGA